AAUUGGUCCUCGACUCGGGCCCGGGGUCGGUUCGCCAUUGCGACCCAGGCUCUCAAAUUUCACUCUCGAUAAAACGACGAUACGCACAGGCCAUUACACGGCCUCCACGCCGUUUGGCACAGCGAGCUCGACUGGUACAAUAUAGCAUCGCAUUAGAGACAUGGCGACCUCGAAGAAUCCUCAAAGCAGUAUGCAGUAUCGACAACGAGUGCAGCCCGUUACGGUUCGUUCUCUCCUCUCUUUGGGAGUCGCUUUGCUCAUCUGGAGGCGUCGUUCUUUGUGGUGCAGACGAGCUAUCCGAUGCCCUCGUCAUCGAACUCAACGAUCUCACCAACACUCUCAUCGUCGAACUCCGCAUCCCAUUCCUCCAGCUCACCUCCACAGCCAAAAACGCCGCCUCAGCGUACAGGACGUUCAAGGUCGCGUUAUCCAGAUCUUGGUCGCGUACCCCUCCACCGACGUGGUACGUCCCAGACCUACGAGCGGCUAGAAGAUCUUCUGCGAGAAGCGGGAUACAAGGAAACACGUGUAUUUACGCCGGAAGCUGAGCGUAUCGAGCACACUGAGCGGAAGCGUCGGGAGGGUAGUCCCCAACGGCGAAGUCUACGCGGUGUAGUGGGAUUUUUUGCCGGGUUGAUGCCUGGUGGCGCCAAUUUGUCGCCGUCAAGUCUCCGCCAAGACACGACCGACGUGCCACCACGGCCAACCGUAGAGAGGCGUCGAACUUAUUCACCACCUUCUUCACCGAUACCACAUCGUCUGUCGCAGAAACAGCGGCAGAGAUCACCGUCGACCAGACCAUCGACGCCAGGGAGCACUUCGUCCAUGGAGUGUGCCGGGCCUACUCCCAAAGCCAGCUACCAAAGUCCUCGACAGAUUUCACGGAAUACCGAAUUUACACAGCAGUCAUCUUCAAGGUUAUAUGCAUUUACCAAUAAUCCUUCGUACACUUCAUUGCAUUCUCAACGACUACCGAAUUCACCCGCCUUGUCAAGGCGUAAUCCUCACACUCCUUCACAUUUACCGUCAUCAACACAAUACGCUCCUUCAAAUCGUCUUGCUCACAAGCCAUCUGAACCCAUUAUGCAACCCCAGCCUUCUCGUGCAGGCGCCUAUCUCCGGCAUAUGGCUUCGGUUGCGAACCUGCCACAGCGCCCCAGGUCGACUCCACCCGCGAAUCUUAAAGAAGUUAAAGAAGAAGAUGCACCACCCCUUCCCCAUACAUGGUUAGAAACUGUUGCUCGUGCAGUAAUGUACGGCGGCAUAGGAUACAUUGGCGGGCCAAAAAAUGAACCCCAGCCCUCACCUUCACGAGGAAGACCGCCGCCGCCGGUAUAUAUGGCACAGAUGUCGAAACGACGAUCACGGCGCAGUGUGGGUGAGGUCAGUCGGACUAGAGUCUCCUGCCAUAGCGCCCCAUCAAGUCGGGCGACCUCGAGGACAAGGGAUGGCGAGCGGGAAGAGAAGAUAUCAAAACCAAGGGAACGAGGCAGAAGGAAAAAGGGCGACGCGAAUUUGCCGACUCUCGCCAGGACAAGAGUAGAAGGUGAACCUACCGAAUGGACCAUUGCCACUGCUCCUCCAAAGCUGGCCGUCAACGGGCACCGAUACCACAGAGGCUGGAGCAUGGAUCCCGAAACAGACCAUUACGAGAGCAGUGAUGAAGAAGACGGCGAGCUUAAUUUGGCACGGAUAUUGGUUCCGCCCAAACGACAACAAUCGAUACGAAGUCUAAGAAAGCACUUGGCCGGUAAUCCCGAGCCAAGUCGGCGGGCUUUGAGUGGGCGUAUGUAUGGCUCCGUCAGCAGUAACUAUGGCAACUGGGACGAGAGCGAGAGUCAGAGCCGCUGGGGAUGGGUUACUCGACGCGAACCGACACGGCGUGGAUCAUUGGAAGAAGACGAGAACCCCAGUUUGUACUCUGGAUUCCUAACGGCGGAGGGAUCAACGAGAUCCGUGGCAAGCAGUAAGAAUAGAGUUGGACUACCAUCGGGUUGGAGUUAAAUCAAGCUAUUUUUUCCUAGCAUUUAUAACAUUGGCGGGGUAACACGGAAUUUACUACUACCUCCUUCAUGCAUCUCCUUGUACUUAUUCUCGACAGCCACCUUCAUUUACAGUAUCAUCAUGCUAUCCUAGUACACACGCAGUUUAUCAUUGGAAUCCUACAGCCGGUCAUUACUACGCCACUACAACACGAAACCUAAGCUCAUGUACCACGAUAAAUCGAUUAUGGCCUGCCCCCGCUCUUCGCACGGUGCGGCGCUGCGCUGGGUAGCUAUGCGACCGCAAUCGUCAUAUCAUGAUUCAUGUCGCAGUAAUAGAAUCAAGGUUUUCUAACAUAUGGCUCGAGAUCACAGAAGUUCCUGCAGC